AUGUUUGUUGUCCAGAUUUCCUUCCUGGAGGUGGAGGUGGAAACCCUAACAGAACAGCUUCACAGCCCUGAGGUUUGUGAGGAGAAUCAGAACGGCAGUGUGACCGUGGACGACCUGGAUCACCUCCAGAGGGUCAACAGAGAGCUGGAGCAGCAGCUCGGUGACAAGAACAGGACCAUCAAGCAGCUGCAGCAGAGACUGGCAGAGCUGAAGAGAACUCUGCAGAAAGAGCUGAAACUGAAGCCCGACACUGAAGCUGAAGGGAAGGAGAAGUCACCUGAAAGCAGGUCAGAAAAACAAGAGAGUGUUAAUCCGGACCCGCCCCCAGCGUCCGCUCCGAGCCCCCCAACCUCCAACACCACAGUGACCAACACCUCAGACCUCAACGACUCCAGAGAAAUCAACUUUGAGUAUCUGAAGCACGUCGUCCUCAAGUUCAUGUCCUCCAGAGAGGCUGAGGCGUAUCAACUCAUCCGAGCUGUUUCUGUGUUGCUGAACUUCACUCGUGAAGAAGAGGAGAUGCUGAAGCAGACUCUGGAGUACAAGGUCGGUGUUUCUUUAAUGCUCACUAUGUUCAGUCUUCACCUCAACAAACCAGUUAAAUGA